AUGCUGUACUUGUAUGUAAAUGUAUGUACAUGUACACGUAUAGCUAAUCCCAGGCCUACAUGUAUAUGAACAUGCAAUAAAAACACUGAUUCAACAUAAUCAUAAUGGUAUUCUUGAACAUGUACAAGUCAAUAUACAUGUACUGUAUCAUAUACAUGUACAUUGAAAAUAGGGAACAUGGCUGCCACUGUCACCAUUACAUACCACUGAGGGUGUACACUUGUUAAAUGUACUUAAAUGUGUAAGAAAAACUGGGAAAAAAGUACAGGGGCAAUGUACCGUAGCUUGGAAUUUCAUAUGCCUAUACAUGCAAAAUGAAAUACACAACAUGGUAUUUAGGACCACCAGUAAUAUUGGCAUUUCCCCUAGGGGCCACAAUGCUAGCUGUAUUCAAUUUGCCCUAAGCAUGUGGCAUCUGGCUAUAAAUUAGAGUCACAGUGAAACCAUCCAAUGCAUGUACUGUACAUGUACAUGCACAGAGUUUCAGUCCAUUCUUAUUCCCGUCUGUCACAGAUGGACAGAUGAAGAGUUUUCUUCCACCUCUCAUUACUGGAAAUGAAGGUUGAUUUCAAUAUUUAAGAACAACCAAAAAACAGGAGCGAGUGACAGAUUGAGAAAGAGAAGCACUGAGUGGAUUUGUUAAUGUGCUUCAGAAACUCAUCAUGCUCAUGUGCAGCAAGGUUAGGCUUGUCUUUGUUGCUCUUAUUUGUUAGCCAAACCUUGCGGAUCAAGUUCUCUUCCACUUUCAGUCACUAACUACAAGGAUAGUACAAUGUGCAAUAUACAUGUUGGUGUACAGUUGUGAUUGUGUCUGUGAGCUGACGCCAUGUUUACAUAGAGUUUGCUGUGACUGGUGCAGCAAUACAUCUGGUGGGCAUGUACAUGUAUCUACCAUGUCUACAGGGUGGAUAGACAGGAGUUAUACUCCAGGAAAAGUGGCUCUGACAAAUUGAUCUUCAGUGACAGCAUCAACACAAAGUGCAGUCCGCUUUUGUCGGCCUAAGAACGAUGAAGUUGCUGGUAACCUUGUGUGUUUUGGCCGGAUUUGGUACAUUUACUGUCCAAGGCACGGACCCCUUAUGUAACGAGCUCGGAGACAUUACUAACCCGGAUCCAUGUGCAAACUGCACGUGCGUGAUGAAUCCGACCGAUCCAAGCACUGGGCGAUGGUUUUGUGUGCAGACGUGUCCAGUUUGCCCCACGAGUGUGUUGUCAACGGUAUGCCUUUUAAAUUUCUGUACCUUGGGGCCCUCCUGCGAGCUUCAUCCAGAUGCCACCUGUAAGAUAUCUGACUGUAAUGACUGCGAUUCCUUUGCUUGGUACAAAGAUGGGAACUUGGUCAACUGCACGCAUAAGCCAGGCAUGUGUCCAGUACCUGAAGGACUUGGGCCUUGUGUGAAUAUGUGUGUCAAGGACAUGGAUUGCCCAGAUAGUCAAAAAUGUUGCAGUAAUGGCUGUGGGAAAGUGUGCUCUCAUCCUUUAAAUGCCUGUGCUAGUAGCCCUUGUGCAAACGGUGGUGUUUGCUACACAGCAGCCAGCAAUCCAUCCGCGUAUGUCUGCAGCUGUCAGGAUGGGUUUACUGGCAAUGACUGUGAAACAGACUUGCGGAUGCCUAGAGACCCAUGCCCUGCCGACCAACCUUUCAUGAACUGCACCUAUGAAGACGUUUGCUCGUCAUUAUGCUCUGCUGCACCGAGUGCCCGCUGUUUGGUGGAUCAUUGUGGGGGAUGUAGACCUGUGUACAUUGGUCCUCUCGGUAACCAUGUAAACUGUACCUCUGGACAAGUGUCGGAUUGUCCUCCUGGUGUGGAAAUGGUGAACUGUCUGGUCGACCCUUGCGAUAACGCCCAAUGUCCUGCUGAUCCAAUGGCUCGGUGUGUUAGCGUGUACUGUGGCAAGUGUAAGGCGGUCUUCGUCAACGACCAGGGCUAUCAUGUUAACUGUACGAGUGGUGAAGCGUCGGUCUGCCCGCCUGGCAUGGUUGAAAAUCCAGUAAAUACACCUGAAGCAUGCAUGAUGGCUACUUGCCCCGCCCACCCGCGAGCCCAGUGUCUUGCUAAGAAGUGUCUGUGGCCAAAUGUUAUCUCCAUUGAGUGCCCGUAUCAGUUUUUCGAUGCUCGUGCACGGCCUGUGAUGUGCGAGAGAGUGAAGCAGGGUCGGUGCCCUCGAGUCGAAUUUUCGGAGGUGGUCGUGGGAAUAUGUCUGAAUGAGUGUAUGGACGAUACAGACUGCGAAGGAAACAAAAAAUGCUGCAUGAACGCAUGCGGAGGGAGAGUUUGCCGAGACCCCGAAAUGGAUAUGGAAGGCGGAAAGCCAGGAACGUGUCCAAUGCCGCCGAUGGACUCCUUUGGUAUUUGCGUUGAUUCUUGCAUGAGUGAUGAUGACUGUGAAGGCAGAGCCAAGUGUUGUAGCAAUGGGUGUGGCCACACUUGUGUGGACCCUGAAGAGCAACCAGGUGAAUGCCCUGCGCGGCCCGACCACAUGAUGCUACUUGCGUCUCCUCAGCAUGCAUGUAGCAACGACAGUGACUGCAGCGGGCAUCGCAGCAAGUGUUGUGCUUACGGCUGUGGGCAGAUCUGUGUGGAACCUGUGACAGUUGUGAAGCCAGGCAUGUGUCCCAUGCCGGAUCCAGAUGCACCCGCUGGCAUUUGUUCGGAGUUGUGUAGUGGAGAUGUCAACUGCACUGGAAGCCAAAAGUGUUGCAGCAACGGUUGUGGACACACUUGUCAGGAACCUGCUGAUGAAUUGCCGAUGCCUAGAGACCCAUGCCCUGCCGACCAACCUUUCAUGAACUGCACCUAUGAAGACGUCUGCUCGUCAUUAUGCUCUGCUGCACCGAGUGCCCGCUGUUUGGUGGAUCAUUGUGGGGGAUGUAGACCUGUGUACAUUGGUUCUCUCGGUAACCAUGUAAACUGUACCACUGGACAAGUACUGAAUUGUCCUCCUGGUGUGGAAAUGGUGAACUGUUUGGUCGACCCUUGCGAUAACGCCCAAUGUCCUGCUGAUCCAAUGGCUCGGUGUGUUAGCGUGUACUGUGGCAAGUGUAAGGCGGUCUUCGUCAACGACCAGGGCUAUCAUGUUAACUGUACGAGUGGUGAAGCGUCGUUCUGCCCGCCUGGCAUGGUUGAAAAUCCAGUAAAUACACCUGAAGCAUGCAUGAUGGCUACUUGCCCCGCCCACCCGCGAGCCCAGUGUCUUGCUAAGAAGUGUCUGUGGCCAAAUGUUAUCUCCAUUGAGUGCCCGUAUCAGUUUUUCGAUGCUCGUGCACGGCCUGUGAUGUGCGAGAGAGUGAAACAGGGUCGGUGCCCUCGAAUUGAAUCUUCGGAGAGUAGCUUAGGGAUAUGCCUAAGUGAGUGUAUGGACGAUGUUGACUGUGAGGGAAAUGCGAAAUGCUGCAUGAACGCAUGCGGUGGGAGAGUUUGCCGAGACCCCGAAAUGGAUAUGGAAGAGACAAUGAACAAGCCAGGUACUUGUCCUCAACCAACCAUGGGGAGUGUCGGAAUCUGUGUGGAUGAAUGUAAUCCGCACUACGGUGAUGCUGGCUGCCCACAACACUGGAAGUGCUGCAACAACGGCUGUGGACACGUCUGCACUGCUCCAAGAGAGAUGCCUGGUCAGUGCCCCAUGGUUUCCGUAGAGGCAGGAGAAGAUAAUUGUGAAGAGGAAUGUACAUCAGACAUGGACUGCUACAUGGAAGAACCUGGCACCAAAUGCUGCAGUUAUGGUUGUGGUACCAGAUGCAUGAGACCAGUCACAGGCAGGAAGCCAGGAACGUGUCCAAUGCCACCGAUGGAUUCCUUUGGUAUAUGCGUUGAUUCUUGCAUGAGUGAUGAUGACUGUGAAGGCAGAGCCAAGUGUUGUAGCAAUGGGUGUGGCCACGCUUGUGUGGACCCUGAAGAGCAACCAGGUGAAUGCCCUGCACGGCCCGACCACAUGAUGCUACUUGCGUCUCCUCAGCAUGCAUGUAGCAACGACAGUGACUGCAGCGGGCAUCGCAGCAAGUGUUGUGCUUACGGCUGUGGGCAGAUUUGUGUGGAACCUGUGACAGUUGUGAAGCCAGGCAUGUGUCCCAUGCCGGAUCCAGAUGCACCCGCUGGCAUUUGUUCGGAGUUGUGUAGUGGAGAUGUCAACUGCACUGGAAGCCAAAAGUGUUGCAGCAACGGUUGUGGACACACUUGUCAGGAACCUGCUUUCUAUAAAAAACCGGGCAUGUGUCCCAUGGUCCGGGAAGGCGUUUCGGGAAUUUGUAUGGAGAUGUGCAGUGAAGAUCGAAACUGUUCAGGCGUGCAGAAAUGCUGUAGCAAUGGUUGUGGACACACCUGUCAGGAACCUGUCCAUGACAAGCCCGGUAUGUGUCCCAUGCCACAGCCAGGCGUCAGUGGGCUUUGUGUGGAGAUGUGCAGUUUAGAUAGAAAUUGUAGCGGAAGCAAAAAGUGCUGCAGCAAUGGUUGUGGACACACGUGCCAGGAACCUGUCUAUAACAAGCCGGGCAUGUGUCCUGUACCGGAGCCAGGCAUGAUUGGGAUUUGUGUUGAGUUGUGCCAUGGUGACGGGUACUGUCCAGGAAGGAAGAAGUGUUGUAGCAAUGGUUGUGGACACACUUGUCAGGAACCUGCUGAUGUUGAACUCGUGUGCCCCAUGCCUACCCCGGGGGUGACUGGGAUAUGCCUAGAGGCGUGUAGCGGAGACGAGGACUGUCCGGCUCAUAAGAUGUGCUGUAGCAAUGGUUGUGGACACACAUGUGUUGAGCCAGUCCAUGAAAAGCCAGGCAUGUGCCCUAUGAUGGAGCCAGGUGUUAGCGGGAUUUGUGUAGAGAUGUGCCGUGAAGACAGAAACUGUUCAGGAUGGAAAAAGUGUUGCAGUAAUGGUUGUGGACACACCUGUCAGGAACCUGUCCUUGAAAAGCCUGGUAUGUGUCCCGUGCCGGAUGUAGGCAUUAUUGGGCUUUGUGUGGAGAUGUGCGAUGGAGACAAACGAUGCCCAGGAAGGGAAAAGUGCUGCAGCAAUGGUUGCGGACACACCUGUCAGGAACCGGUUGAGUUUGAACUCGUGUGCCCCAUGCCUAACCCGGGGGUGACUGGGAUAUGCCUGGAGGCGUGUAGCGGAGACGAGGACUGUCCGGCUCAUAAGAUGUGCUGUAGCAAUGGUUGUGGACACACAUGUGUUGAGCCAGUUCAUAAGAAAGCUGGCAUGUGCCCUAUGAUGGAGCCAGGUGUUAGCGGGAUUUGUGUAGAGAUGUGCCGUGAAGACAGAAACUGUUCAGGAUGGAAAAAGUGUUGCAGUAAUGGUUGUGGACACACCUGUCAGGAACCUAUUUAUGAAAAGCCCGGUAUGUGUCCCAUGCCCGGCCAAGACUUUGUUGGGAUUUGUACAGAGAUGUGUAACGGAGAUAGAAGCUGUCCAGGAGGGAAAAAGUGCUGCAGCAAUGGUUGUGGACACACUUGCCAGGAGCCUGUCGUUCUUUGCGAGGAUGGUGAGCUGGCUGAAGUCUGUGAGUUCAAUCCCUGUCAGUUUGCUACCUGCCCUUCAAUGCCAAGUGCCAUCUGCAUACAUGACAAGUGCGGACAGUGCCGACCCAAGUUUUUCCUGGGCAUGGAGGAAGUCAACUGUGCAGGAAACACAUAUUGUGAUGGAUUGGGCGAUGAUAAUGAACUUUAUGAAACCGGAGCAAUCGUCGAUUCCUCGAAUGGAUGUGAUCAAUGUGUAUGCACUGAGCAGAAACUUUGGAAAUGUUCCAACAGGCGUUGUGGUAAGUUAUACUCAAUUUAUGCUUAACCGUAUAAGAGCUG